AUGGACGGGCUUGGGCUUGGCGCAUGUCGUCGGGCGACAACCGCCGCCCGGCGUGCGACGACCGCUGACGGCCACCACGAAAACAUCAAGAAGGGCGUCGCGACGUACGAUCACGAGCAGCGACAGCAGUCGCGCCGGGCAACCUUGGGCCUGGCCCCCGACUCGCGGACGCUUCAGGCCAAGCUCGAUGCACUCUCCAAGCAAGCGGUCUCCAACCGCCUCAAGGUCGGCGAGAUCAACGACCGCGUCGGGCGCAUCCUUGAAGAGUUUGACGACGCAACGACAGACGCCAUGCUGCCGUACGACCGCCUUUCCAUUGAUGCGCUGCCAUCGAGCCAGGCAAGCCACAUAUUGGAGUCAAUGCGGGCGUCGCUGCAUUGCGCCGUCAUGGCGGAAGCAGAGACCCUCGAAGACGUUCCUACAGAAGACACGACGAUGAUUCCGUCGACAACCGACUUUAUUGAUGACGUCCUCGACUCGUCCCGUCUUCAGCAGCGCCGGUUGACGACAACAGCGCUGCAACUGACCAAGCUCACAGGUCUCCAGCGCGCCGAGCUCGAGGAAAAAAUUGCAUCCCUGGAAGGCGCGCUCUCGGACGCGGAGCAUCAGUACGCCACGCUAGAAUUCAAGCAUGCCGCGCUGGGCAAGGACGUGAUGCGGCUGAGCGCCGAGGUCCAAGCGCUCAAGCAGACGCAGACCAAGUUACUGUCCAACCUCAGCGACGCCAAGAAGGAGCGAGAGGCCGCCGAGGCUGCGCUGCAUCUCGAAGCUCAAACGCGCGAGGUGGCGAUGGAUGCUACGAUCCGUGGCUUGCAGCGCAAGGAGCUGCAAAUGACACGCGCCUUGCGGGAGGCCGAAGACCGCAUCAAGCAGCUUCUCGAGGCACCACCCCCCGUCGCCCUCAGUAGCAGCCCUGAGGUGAUGCUGCCAUCGACUACCGAGUCGUCCAAGGCCAAUGCACCAGUGCUCUCGACAUCACCCAAGCCAGAGAGUCCGCCAAAGCCAACGCUCUCUCGCAAGACCACGUCGCGCGCCGAGUCGAUCAAGGCGAGCCGCAUCUACUCCGGCGCUCCGGUUGUCUACACCCAUAUGGACUCGACCACGGACUCCAGCUGCGUCACCGCCCCAGCGAUGGACACCUUCCAAACAAAACCGCCCGCAGAGACACUCGCUGCUACGUCGUCGAGCAAGCUCCCGGGAUCGUCUGCGAAGCUCACUUCGUCCACGCUGCCACCUCUCUCUUCACCGCGCACAUCAUUAAAGUCGCCACGGGCUGAGCCUUCCGUUGGCUGCUCGGAUACGCUUGGUGUAUCUUCUUCGAUCCACCCCUCGUCCCCAUUUUCUGCAGUGGCCGUGCCUUCUUCAAUGCAGUGCACGUCCUCCGGGGCCGGCAGCAUCGCCACCCGCCCGAGCCAAGUGCCCGAGACGGUAAUAGGCCAGCGCAUCGUCGAUGCGCCGGGACAAAGCCCGAACGUGCCACAGGACGACGUCACGGAGGCCAGCAUGACCGCUACGGGGGCCAGCACACCUCGCUACGCUUUUCUGAGCCGAGGGCCGUUGCACCACGCAUCCAGCGUCGACUUGCUCGGCGACACGAUACCCGAAGAGGCUCCAACCAAUACCCUUUCGAUCCCGGUCGCCAUGCAAGCACCAACGUCAGCAAGGGAGGCCCCAUCCUGGCAGUUGGUUGCGCACGAGCUUUUGAACGCGGCGCCCGAUAGUCUGGUACUCCGUCUGCGCUUCAAAGGUCCAGCCCAAGCCUCCGAGUCGGUCUCAACCCAGCACUGGACCUUGUGCCACUUGGCGACGCAUGCUGGUAUCGUCUUUCGCAUUCCAGAAACCACCUUGCAAAUUGACGCCUCCAAUGAUGUCCUCGUCGUCGUCAAGAUGCAGUUGGGGUCAAGCCCGUCGCCAGCUAACGCACUGGGCGUCGUUGAACGGACAAGCCAUGAGCCAGUGCCCAUGUUGAAGACGUUGCACUCGAUCACGGCGCUGUCGACAGCGACGCGAAGUGCGCGAUCGAGUGGGCCAUCGGACGACGAAGCACCCUUUCUCACGGCUCUCGGAGUGGUCGACGUACCCGACAACAAGAGCCGGCCAAUAACGGCGCGGUCCAGCCACGAGAGACCCCUUACAGGACGACACAGCGCAAGAGGCGAAAGCUACGCUACCGCCCAUAGAACAGCAUCUGACUUGCCCUCGGCCAGCAAGACCUCGGACAAGUCGCUCUCGUCACCAGCAACAACCGGAAGCGUCUUGCUGGAGGGCGGACGAAGCGCGCUUCGACGCUUCUCGGACGAUGGGGCGGCGACCGGUUGUAUUUCGUACCUCUCUUCGCCCGAAGCGGGUCGUAGUGUCCCAAGGCGCGACGCCGACACCGUAUGUCGACCGGCGCGACGCCUCUCCAUUGUACACUCGCCCCUCAAGACCGACGUUGAGCCGCCGCAGGUCACCGACAAGAUGCUCGACGUGAUGGAGCGACCGCGCACGAGCUCUGGGACAAUUGCUGCGUGGAAAACGGGGAUGCCGAGUCGGGGCCUCUUGGUCGGCGACGGUCGUCCACAAACGCGGCCCAAGACCUGCGCCUGCUUCAAAAACGCGGACUUUUUCAAGAAUUCUGCCCGGCUGACAAGCCACCACGAGCACUGUCCGCUCGCGGACGAGCCGCGCCGCCGCCGCCGGCACUCGCUUGCAGCGACCAUAGUGCUUGACAAGACGGUGGACUGCUGCCUUUGGUCGCCGGCCAGCGUCAACGUGGUGCAGAUCCAGUUUCCAACCAAUGUCGCCUCAAAUCCGUAA